UUGGCGUUGUUUGUCGUCCGGCGUUACAUUUUUUAUCGUUUAUAUUUUAUUUCGGCUGUUGUAAUGUAAAAUGUAACGUUGGACUGUCCGAUGCAGAUUUAUAAGUUCAUAUCCGAUUCUGCAAAUACCAAAAUAAUAAACAUGUAGGGUGUACAACAAUAUAAUGUUGUUGCCAUCAUCAAUAGCAGUAAACACACCAAUUUGACAGAAAUACAUACUCAAUAAAUGGAUUGCACAUAGAGAGUGGUAAAAGAUGGCUUCACACACCUUCACAGACAUAGAGGCAACACUUCCGAGCAAUAUAACAGAAAAUUUUCGUAACAUACAACAGAUGAAUUUGAGAAAACUGGCAAAAGAUGCUCAAAUUCAUAUACCCAAACCAACAACUAUUGAUUUAGUUGGUGGCAUAUAUUGCCAUUUAUGUGAAUUAACAUACAGUAAAAAGAAGGAAUAUGAAGACCAUUAUUCUAAACAUGGCAGUGGGGAGAAGAUAGUGUACACAUGUGUGGUGUGUCAUAAACAGCAUACUAGUUAUCCCAGUCUUCGUGGGCAUUGUUAUACUACACAUGUCAUUAAGUGUAGACACAAGUGUGAAUAUUGUUUAAAAUAUUUCUCCAAGAUUACAGCUUUGAACGACCAUAUCAAAGCCAUGCACACAUUCAAAUGUUCAACAUGCAACAAGCAAUUCACAUCGAAGAGCGAGUUACAACUUCAUCAGAUCAUCCACGAUAACACAGGCUCAGUGCCGUAUCAUUGCCAAGUAUGCGAAGUGAAGUUAGCCUCCUUGGACAGCUGCAAGGACCAUGCAGAUGUUCACACAGUGUUUAUAUACACAUGCCCGAUUUGCAAUGAAAACAUACCCAGUAGGGACGAUGCAGGUCUGCAUCUGCUUAAACAUUUUGAUGAUAUAAAGGAAGAAAAAACUGUAGAAGUCAUACAAAAUUCUGAUAACCAGGAAACAUCCAUAGAACGCUUAGGUGGUAUUGCUUGCGGCUAUUGCACAGUCAUAUGCAAGGACAGAGUGGAGUUUGAUGCGCAUGUCUCAUAUGAACACGGUGACAAGGAUAUAGUGUAUGUCUGUGUUGUUUGCGACAAACUAUUUGAGAAGUAUUCAGCGUUUGGUGAGCACGCCUACAACCAUUUCAGUAAAGACAGAUAUUGCUGCAGCAUUUGCCUCAAAACGUUCAACCGCCUGUCCAUGCUGGCGACGCACAUGGCAGUCUGCCAAGCUGACUCGGAGUCCAGCGGGAAGCCCUUCGCGUGCUCCGAGUGCGGCCACCGCUACGGCACAGAGCAGCGUCUCCGGAAGCACUUGCAGGACGAGCACGGGAUCCACUGCAUCCGCUGCCCGGUGGAGAACUGCCAGAAAAUAUGUGCGUCACCAAAAGAGCUGAUAUUCCACCAAUACGUUCACAAUUCACAGCAAAAUUGGUGCAGGCAGUGUGGUUUGCUGUUCACUUCUCUGACAUCCUGCGAACGUCACAUAGACGUGCACAGACAGAAGCUCUAUGGCUGUCCCAUAUGCAACCGAAACUAUCGCGAGAAAUACGUCCUGAUGAAGCAUAUAACACAACACUUUGAAAGCACUGUACACAUCUGCAAAGUAUGUGGAAAGGUUUACAACCAUAGACGUCGCUUCUUGGAGCAUGUAAAAACUCACAACGAGAAGCGAACUCAUACUUGCACUUACUGCAAUAAGGGUUUCAGUAAGCUGGAUCUACUGCGGCAACAUUUGAACGUCCACACGGGGUCGAAGCCAUACAAAUGUACGAUUUGUUCUAGAACGUUCGCCAGCUAUCCCAACUGGGCUAAACAUAAGCGCCGAAUGCAUAAUCUCGAAGGUAAAAUUUAUAAAAAAUACGAUCCCACUUCUGAUGAUGAAGCUGAAGAAAUUAAUGAAAUUAAAAUUGAUUCGAAAACUAGUGACGAAGCUAUAUUUACUAAAAAUGAUGGCAAAAUUAAAAUUAAUAAUUCAAAUUUGGAUACAAUUACUAAUAAUGAAAGUUUAAUAGAAAUUAAUCCUCAAAUAAAUGUGACGGAUAUGAAACUUAAAUACCAAUUCCAAGUCCAAAAUAGUACUUUGGAACCAGAGACUAUACAUUGCAUUGAUAUUGAGAAAGAGUUACAGAUAAUGCAGAAUAUUCCGGAGAAGCCACAUGAUGGUAACUUUGAGUUAGUUGACGUGCUGGAGACUAAUAACGCUAUUUUUGAUAACGUGAGCACUGCGAUUCCUGCUAAUGCAGGUCCAUCUUCUGAAGCGUCAAACUACCCUCCGGAAUAUGGGCCGGAGUUCACCAUCGGAGACAGCUGUGGCAUCCUUGACUUGGAUGAUCAUAUGCUGCCCCACAUUGAUCCGCUUCUCACAAUUAAGACCGAGGAAUUUAAUAUGACCCACAAGAACACGCUCUUACCCCCCUAUUUGGACCCUGCCACGUACCAAAAAUACCAAGUGACCCCUAAAUGGGAGCCCCCCGUUUUCACGAAGGUAUUCCCCGAAUACCCCUAUUAUGGGGACAUGGUCGAUGCGAAUCGGCUCUCGAUGAUGAACACUGAUAUAUUUUGAAGAAUUUUUUCUUUACAUCUAGUUGAUAAUCGUAUUUUUGUAUCUACGCGUUAAGGCCGGAACAGCUUCUGUGUUUACGUGAGUCCGUACUGUGCAUGUUAUAUUAUAUCAUAACUUUAGUUGUUUAAAGAAUACAUUUUAUAUUCACUUCAAUCUUCAGAUCAUGUAUAGAUACAGCCAAAAUUGAUUCAUAAAUUCAAUAACAUAUUUAUUUAUGUUAUAAAUGUGUAAAGUAACAUUGUUAUAGCCAAAACUGAUUCAUGAAUUCUUUUAAUCGUAGUAACAUUAAUUGUGUAGUGUAGACUCACGUUAAGGCGAUGUAGUGCGACUUUUUGGUCGCAAUGUAUUAGUGUCGCGAGGCUGUUCCGCCCCCCCCACCAGCUACCUCGAACGGAAACAAUGAUGUACCUCAGUUAUACAAUAGUAUCUAUUUUAAUGUUGAUAGAGUAUACAUUUUUAACAUAUAUCCCACCAAACAUUAGACGGUUAAUGUUAUCAUAAUUCAUAGUGAUGCUACCUCAUUUAGUUAAGUUUCUCUAUUUAGCCUCGUAAGGCCCAGCCCAAAAUAAUGUCCGUUUUGGCCCAAUGUACAUUGGUUAGUACGAUACUACCAAAAUAGUUAUAUUGACGUAAUGGAAAGCCAACUAGAAUAAUUAUCAACACCAUUGAAAUUCCGGUCUGGUUGUUUUGCUUCCAUUCGAAAUAAGUCGGGCUAUGCGCAACGACCAAUAGCUAGCUGGCAGCCGUGAAUUUGGUGCGUUAUGAUUGGCUAGAACAUUUUCGUUGUAAUAACAGUGAUAGUACUGUACAUUGUUAUACUUUCUCGACCUGAACAUAUUUUAAGUAAUGUUACUUUCAACACUGAUCGUAAUCUAAAAAGCAUAUAAAAUACCGUAUCAUUCGAUGUUCACUUCGACGUGAGAUUGAAUAAAACUGCAGAAUCUAUCGAUCCGUCAUGACAGGUUAAAAACCGAAUUCAAAGUUAUGACGUCACGUCUAUAUAAACUUGAUUUUGUACCACUUGAACUUCGGAAAUCUUUGCGUAUAUCAAGUAUUUUGUGAUUUCAAAACUAUCAGUUGCUAAGGAUUUUGUUAUCAAUACCAAUAUCAAUAAUCUUGAGCUGUGGUAUAAGGACUUUUAAAAUAUAAUUUGCAGUUUAUAAAAACAAAGCAUUGAAUUUCUGCAAAAAUAAGAUAUUUUUUGGAUAUACUAGAUACGAAUAUAAUGAGGCAGUGCUUUUUAUGCUAAAGGCAAAGGUAACUUCGAAAAGUGCUUUCCCUCGAAAGUGCACUCGAAGUUAUAAUCACUAUGACCUCUUUUUAUAAUAUAAUAUGCAUUGAAAUUUUGGUUGAAAUUGCCAGGGUCGAGAUUGUAUUCUGUAUUGUUUCGUAUUGUAUAUAUCACAUUGCGUUGUACGAGAGGCCGUACGAGGCUAAUUUCGCUUGUAAUUGAUGUCGAGUUCGGAGCGUGUGUGCGUGUUGCGUGCAGUUUCCCUGUUUGUAUGUGCUCGGGACUCGCGUAGAGUGAGAACGGUCGCUUGCUCUUUGUCUAGGAUCGGAAGUUAUUUUGAAUGCAGAUUGCGUUUUAAACCCGCGAGUCAAAAUUGCACUAUAUUAUAAAAAAAAAAAUGUUGAUAUCCGGAAUUGGAAAUCUUCGCCAAAGAUUUGAAUCAUUUGAUGGUUUGUCAGCCUUCAGUGGAAUGUGUGGACGUUAAAUUGAGUGAGAUCAAUUGGCAUUGGAUCGGUAAAUGCCAAAUGGGAGUAAUUUGGCAUCUACCUAAUAAUUCUGACACAUUCAUAGUGACCUGUAAAAUAACUAAUGAUUCAUAUUUUUGGUUUUUGUGUAGAUGAAUAUCGCCAAUAUUCCCCGUAAGAAGUGCAUAAAGAGAUUGCCCAUUCUUCGUAUUAUUGAUGUACCAUGUUUGUAGAUUUUAAUAAAAAAUAAUUCAAUAUUUCUCAAGUAUUUCACAUAGCCGCUUGUUUCCGCUUUCAGUUGAUUUUUGAUGUCAUGAUUAAGUUGUUUAAUUUCACUAUACAGUUUGAAAUCUGUCUUUUCCUCAUUAAAUCGGUUGGCGAUAUUUAUCAUAUAAUGUGUUCCGGUAAUCAAAACAAAAAAAGAGAUAAAUUUCCAAAGUUUUUGAACUGUGUUGAGAAUGUUUUAAGUAUAAUACACAACACUAAAACUAUAGAUGUUUGUAAAUAGUUUGAUACGUUUUGCGGCACUUUUGUAAUUUGCAUUUUAUUAUGCUUGAUUUGUUUGGAAACCGCUCAAAAAAUGUCACCUUUGAAUAUUUUUUCGAUUACGAAAUGUUUGUGUUGACGUUUUAAUAAUUUUUCGAAAAAUAGCGUUGAGUGCGUAAAAGUUGGAUUGGAUUUAUUUCCACAGUUUUUUUGUGUCCCAGCGGUGGCGUAUAUGCAUUUCAAUUUCGAUUCCUUUUUUUUUCUUUUUUUUUUUUUUUAAUAAAAAUUGUGACGCAAAGCGACGCGAUUUUAGUGUAAGUGAAUCGAUAGUGCUGUGAUAUUUUUAUGUAUAUUUAGAUUGUAAGUGUAGGUAGGGAGUGUGAAGAGCGAGUACAAAAUACAUUAUUUACGGUAAAAAACAGUAGGUGUCCUUAUUCUGACAAUACAUGAUAACUUGUUAUUCCGUCUACCAACAAAGAUUCACGCACCAACUCUACACCAACUUCACUAAAAUUAAAGCAUUAUUGUCAAGUAUUGGCAGAUUCUAGCGUGGACAAAUACGUGGUCUUGUCGUCCACUCUUCGAAUUACUGACACAAAAAAAUGUAAACGGUUGCUUAAUUUUAUAUCACACAACACAAAGUGAAAAUUUCAAUGCUUUAAUUUCAGCUUAGUCUGUGUUAAAUCAACAUUUUGCACAAAGGCUAUUACACUUUCGAAGCCUGCUAUUGAAAUCAUGUGAUCGACAUCUAAAUCUCUUAAUGUCUCUAUUAAAUUUGGUUUUAUGAACACUUUGAUGAUAAUGUACAGAGAUAAUGUAGAUCGCAUAGAGUCUGUUGAUGUAUGGCGGUAAAAAAGUCGCUAUGUAUAAAUAUCUUCAAGAAUGGUGUUCCACGGACAAUGUGGGUAGUUCUGUAAAAGGCGUGUUUAGUGGAGUGCCGCUAGGAGCACCAUUGUUGCCAUAUUGUUAGAAAGAUGUCAAACAGAAUAAGGACACCGCUACAUAACCUAAACGCAUAUGGAUGACGGCAAACAUUUGCAUAAUAUAUGUCCAUAUUGGUGACAGUUGUGGCAUUCCAUCAAGGCGCAACGGUCUUGGUUGAUUUUAAUGGACCUAACUGUCCCAAGGUUUUUUGUUGAUGUGAGUUUGCUCGAAAAUAAUGGUUUUCACAUAUCUGAAGUGAGGCCAACGUAAGAUAAAAUUAAAAAGAAAACAUGUUUCGUCUCGUUGGCUUAGCUUGGCAAACAAAUAAUUGUCGUUAUUAUCAGAGAUUUAUUAAAGGAUCAAAUAAUCUUUCAAAGUCCAUAUGCGGUCUAAAAGAAUCGUGCAAGUUUUCACGUAAAAAAACGACAGAACAUCUGAAAGCAGGUGUACUGAAUGACAAAACGAAAAAAAAAAUGGUAGAUUUAAAAAAGAAAGAAAAAAAUAUUCAUAAAAAAUAAACUCCGAAAUAUAUUUUCGAGAGAGUAAAAAUAUUUACAAAAUUCGCGGCGAAGGGGUCUUAGUGAUAGAACGUAUCCAAAGACUGUAACGUAUUUAUAAGUUCAAUGAACUUAAUAAAGUAAUGGAGGUGAAUCCGGGGAAAAAGUCAGAUAUGAUCUAAGAAAAAUUUGAAAUAGCGGAUUAGCUUUCGAUUAAAGUUUUGGCUUCGACUCAAAUAGACAAGAGAACGCCGCCGUCGGUUAUUGCAGACCGGCUGAGGUUCAGACAGACAAUCAGGUUUCGGUACCGGGUACAGAGGAACUAUCUCCGACCAACGGUUAUAAGUAUACAGAGCUUCAGGUAAGGAAAAUGUUUUCAGCAAUGUGGGAAAAAGUACAUCGAAAUACGAGUCGCAAGGCAACUACGUUGACCUCGUUCAGUCGGGUAGUCUAAUGUGUGCUUAAAUAUUUAAAUAUUUAAAAUAAACACAUAACAGAUACUGUUAACUGUUUGUAAAUUAUUUUGGCUGUUAUUAUUAUGCGAAUCAUAAUUAAAGCUCUGUCUACCUUAUAUUCCUUGGUCUGAGGGAAAAAUAGCAUGAUAAAGUCGACUGACGACAUGCAUUGGAAUAAUACAAAAUUAUAUAGUAAUAGGGGGAGACAUGUUACGUAUGUGUAAAAGCAUUGUAGAAAUCAGAGUUCAAAAAAAAAUAAUUAAAAAAAUUUGGAUAAAAAAAAUGAACUCUGAGACGGUCCUCCCCUUUCGAUUAAUUCACUCUUGGUGUAUCUGCGCUGUAGUCACUCAUUAAGUUUUAAAGCCCUCAACAGACCAUCGGACUUUUGGUCGGUUUGAUUAGUUCGCUCAAAAUGCGCUGACAAAUCUUUGCUGUCGAAAAGUGCAAUAGUAUUUUCUCGAUCGGUACUUCGAAAAAUAUCGAGUAACGUUACUAUGUAAUGAACCUUAUUGUCUUUUUAUUAAUGCUCUAGUUCGUCUUAGUUUGGACGCAACUUUGCGAGUUAAAAAUCACGUAACGAUUAAGUAAACUGAUAACAAAGGUCACUAAGCUCAGGUAUUUUUAACCGACAGCCGUACAGUUGUUAAAAAUGACUGAAUAUAGAUGCAAAAGCGAAAAUAUUGCUUUAAUACUUUUAACAAAGAACUUUCCAUUUAUUUUUUAAUUCUAUACUCUUUAUAAGUUUCUCUUAAAUCCAAAGGUCAGAAGGAAACAGAGAAGAGAAGUUACAGAUAAUUAAAAAAAGAUCUAAAGAAUUGCAUGAAUUGUAUUAGCCGAUCAAAAGUCUGUACUCUGCGGGGCCUUUAGUAUACUGUCUCUCCGUGUUUAGAGUGAAUGUUUUUGUGAUAUAAGUAUUUCCUGUAAAUAAAGUUGCGAAGUGGCGAGUCGUGGAGUUAGUUGACAUAGUUCGGUGUUCUUGGCUACAGCGCAGUGUAGCUGUCAGUACAACGCUAGCUUUGCUGCAAAAUACACUGCGACUUUAGUGUUUCCGUUCAUGUUCUCAAAUCAUAUCCGUGAAUUAAGAAAUACCUCCACUACGAACUGAGCUCCUGGUAUAAGUUUUCAGCGUAUCAUUGGAGUUAAAUAGAUCUGUUAAUACGUACGAGCGGUCAAAUUGUCAUUUAUGUAUAGGGGUUGUCAAAAUGGCAUAUUUUGUUAUACAUAAUUGACAGUUUAACAGUAUCGUUUGUUAACUUGAAAACUUAACCAGGCACUAGUGCGUUUAAGGAUACGUUUCCAUUCAGCGUAAUCGUCUCGUAGAGCUAGCAUGCGCACCACGAGAAAAUCAUAUCUACCCAUUAUCUCGAGUUUUGUUUAGAAAUAUUACGCGUAUAGGGUAAAGAUAAUUAUCUCGUGGCACACGUGCUACUAUCCCUACAGGAAAUUGAGUGGAGACGUACGCUGAUCUUUGAUUCUAGGAUACAAAUCAAAAUUUAAUUGACGUUGGAAUAUAUUAAACUAUAUCUUCUCUAAAUCCCAAUACGAUAAGAUUAUUCACUAACUGCAAAAAAAAAAUGAUCUCAUUGUUCUGUGGACGAUGUUUGGACAUUCAAACAUAAAAUAUAUUCGAUCAACGAAAUAAUCUCAACUUUCCGCCAUCUUUUGUAAUUGGCGCAGUCGGAUCUUAUAUAAUAUAAAAUGUUUAUUCUGGGAACCAUAUUUUAUUAGUUUGUCACAUGUAUAAGCAGAAACACAUAAUGGGUUUUAUUAAUAAAAGUAGCAUAACGUCGUAAUAGUAAUGCAGUGUAUUUUGCCACACCACACUUCAACUUACACCUUUCUGUUGUCAGAGCGUGAGAAAAACACUGCUUAGCUCCGACGUUAUGUCACGUUUAUUUAAAUGGUCCUAUGUUUUUCUGCCGUAUACAUGCGAGUUGCAGUUACACGACAUUUUCCAACGUUAAUUAUGAUUCAAAUGAUUCCUUUUUCUUUGUAACUAUACAGUUAGAUGUCGUCGCAGUGCAUUUUGUUCCGUUACGACAGUGAAUAGCAUAAUAUUUGGUGGUGUUGCAUAGUCUUAAAUAAACCUCAACGUAAUAGUACUUAUUCAAAACUUUCUAUAUUCAUAAUAAAAUAACAGUUUCUAUAUUUGUAAAUUUCGUCGCAAAGGUAGCAAUAAUGUCGCAAUUUUUACAUACUUCUUCCUUUUUAUUGUUCUAGUGUUCAAUGCUGGAACUCAUUUUUUUCCCCCACGGAAUUCCAAGCAUAAUAUGGUAUUUUAUCUGAAUCGAUACAAUCGCAUUGCAAACGUAUCUAUCCAAAGAGAAAACUAUAGUUUUCUUGAUGGCAAACCUAUUUGGUCUAUAAAUGUUUAAAUUCUUAAUAUCGUACGGAUUAGUAAUUUUCUAAUGUUUUAUGAUUUUUAAUUUAUUCAAUUCUCUGAUUUUUUUUUUUAAGGAAUUGGUUUAGGAAUAUUUUUUGUUUUUCAAUUGCCUUUUGAGUAAAAAGAAAAAGACCAAACGCCUUGCACGAUUGAAAUCAGAUGAAAUGCUCAAAAUGUCAUAAAAUGGCAUCUGUCAGAAUUCCGUGGAUCUAAUGAUCAAAAAACUAAAAUUAACUAUAAAUCGCAAACACUUAAGAAUUGAGUGAUAAUGUAGUGCGUACUAGAUUGGGUAUCUCUAACAAAAUAAAUCACGCUGAUGAAAAUAAUGUCAUAUUUUCGCGUUUAUAAGAUUUUCUCCCGUCUUACGUUGUAUUGUGUUUGAGUGCACAAGAAGGUUUUCAUUUUAGUGAUGUCUUUUUUAAGCAAACUUCAAUUCACUGAUUGAUAGCCUGACAUGCAGUGGAAAACAAAAAAGUACUUCUCUAGUACAUUGUACAACUUAACUCAAAGUACCUACAUAUAAAAUUUCCCUUGAUGCUUUUGUAUAUCAUAAGAAUUUAAUGUGCAUUUAAUGUAUUUUUAUUGUGCGUUGAUCGCAUUUCCAAAAGGUUUUACUGUUAAUUAAAUCUAUUUACUAUUUUUAUUAUACAAAAAGUAAAAUUGUGCUCUAUUUUAUUUUUGAUAUGAAGGAAAUUUCGUAAUUGUAACCUUUGCGAUCUUAUUGUCCCUAGCUUUAGGUAUUAGUGUUGGUCUCGCAUGAAAAAUAUAAACUAGAUUGACAUACUACUUGCCAAGUGCUCAUCUGAGUGAGAAAUAAUAAAACUGCCCUGUUUUCAUCGUAUACAAAACUUUAGACGAUUCAUGAAUUCGAUUAAAAGCAUGGGUUUGGUGUCUUGUGCUGAACUUCCAUACCCAGUUGGAGUUUUUAUCAGUUGAGCAGUUACCGCCUUUGACUGCAUUUACACUUUCCAUGAGGUUUUCAAAACUUCAAAAUAACCGAAUAUAAUAAAAGAGUAGUAGAAUAAAGAAAAAUUGCUACAGAAACGUUAUUAUUAGCUACUUGAAAAAAAACCUCCAUCUGGUCUAAGUUAUAGGAAAAAAGCGACCGAAUUUAGCGGUAAAGAUCAAGGAUUCGGCAUGAUAGUUUGUGAAUCUAGUUUAUAUAAUGAGAUAAA